AUGGCUUCGAACGAGCUAAACGGCGCUCUAGAUGACGCGCUGGCGCUCGAGAAGGUCGCCGUUGGACCUUACUGUGUGUUCGACGACUUCAGACCCACGACGAGCCCGUCGGAAGAGCAAUCGCGUCCUACAACCCCGAUAGAGUCUGCUGGGGUGAAUAUGGAGGAUCCGAUGAUGUCGACUGAAUUCCCCUUCGGCCCUGGUGCGCGGGCGCCGUGGCUGGGGUCUGGUGCCGAAGACCUGUCGCUGGUGCAAUCUAGCGAUUCGUUCCCGCAGGGCAACUGGGAGGAGUGGAUGCGCUGGGACCCCAAUGCGCAGACACAGAACCAGCCUGCGCAGGAUAUAGACGGCCCAGGUCCCGUCCACUACCUCAAGCCCGAAGCCAAGUCGCCCCACGACUCCCACUCGCUAUCCCGACCGCAAAUGACCAACAUCCCCUUCACCUUCGGCGAGGGUAUCGAGAACCCUCCCGCCUUUCACUUUAACCAUAACACCUCUCCCUCUGUGACCGAGCCUCAGCAGGGCGGCUCAUACUUCUCGUCCGACAAUCCCGUCUGGAACAAUAACGCCGCCCUCGACCAGGCCGAUAACGGUCUCUUCUCUCCACUCUCUAUCGAUCAGCAACAAAUGCAAUCACAGUCCGUCCCUCAUCCUCCCCACUCAACACCUUCGCUCCAUCACAGCCCAAGCUCUGUCAAUUCCGGCCCGGACCCCAAGACUAGCUCCUCGUCGCAGCAAUCGUCGCCCGAGCCUGUCAUGUCUGCCGUCACAAAGAAGCGCAAGUCCUCGACCGAGGACGACAGCAGCACUGAUCAGAAGUCAAACAAGCAACCCCCCGUCAAAAAGACUGCACACAACAUGAUCGAAAAGCGAUAUCGGACCAAUCUUAACGACAAGAUUGCUGCACUGCGUGACAGCGUGCCCAGCCUUCGAGUCAUGUCGCGUGCAAAUAACGGUAACGGCGACGAGGAGGAUGAUCCUGAGGACCUCGAGGGCCUUACGCCCGCCCACAAACUCAACAAAGCCACCGUUCUCUCCAAGGCGACCGAGUACAUUCGUCACUUGGAGAAGCGGAACAAGCGUCUUAACGAAGAGGUCGACAGUCUCAAGGCACGGUUGGAGUCGUACGACAAAUUUGCAAUGAUGACUCCAAAUCCGAUGGCGCAGGCUGUUGGAACUCCUGAUGGCAUGCGAUUCCAAGAAGAUCCUUUCGCUGCUGCCGCCGCUCGUGGACAGCCUGUCACCCAGGCUCAAGGAAUGAUUCCCGUCCCGGAGAGCAUGACGAACCUUCAGGCAAUGGCAUCGCAGCAGCACUACGCAAGCCAGCAGAACGGCUAUCCUAUGUACACAACUGCCCCCGGAAGGCCCGGUAUGAACGCCCAGCAGCACAUGGUCAACGGCCGUAGAGGAAACAGCAUGAUGAACAAGCUGAUGGUCGGUUCUCUCGCCGGUCUCAUGAUCGUUGAGGGCUGGAGAGAGCGUGAGGAAAGUGGGGAAAAUCCCGAGGGUCGGGGUCUGUUCGCCUUACCCCUCACGCUCUUCGGACGCUACGGUACCGCCUUGGUACCGCAGUUUGCUACCCACAGCCUGUCCGCUCUUUACCGCUCCCUUCCGCUGCUCAAGCUUUUCCUUGUUCUCGCUGCCGUCGUCUACUUGGUCAUUCCGGUCAUUGAUCCCAAGUCCAAGCCCAGGAAGAAGGCAUUUCCGUCGAUCAAGCUGCAGCCUGCUCCGUCGCCUGCAUCUCCCGUCGAGGUUCGCCGCAAGGCUUGGUUGACUGCUAUUCAGACGGUCUGGGUUCCGAGGCACAACUUCUUCCUCGAAGCCGCGGCCGUGUGUCUCAAAGCCCUCAAGCUCAGCUUGAGGAAUGUCGUCGGUUGGGAUGGAUACGCCUACGUCACCGGAACGAACAAGGAACACGAAGUCGCUCGCGUCAAGGCAUGGGAGAUCGCUUUGGAUGCACAACUCACCGGCGGCGAUGCCGAAAUCAGCAAGGGUAGGUUGAUCUUGACGAUCAUGGCCUCCGGUACCCUCCCCAACACCCCGGCACGUCUUAUGCUCAAGGCAAUGCACAUCCGCAUUCUGCUUUGGGAGAUCGCCAAUGCGGGAUACGGUUCGUGGUACAUGUUUGAAGAGAUCAGCGCCAAGCUGGCUCGAAAGUUCUGGAACAAGGCACGCAACCAGCAGAAGGCUUUGCUUCAAUCCGGCCAAGAGUCCGAGAAGCUUCCGGAUCAUCUGGCUGCAUUACUGGAUCUCGAAUGCAGUGAUGUCAUGGUGGACAGGAUUGUGCAACGUGCGUACAACCUCGCCUGGAACAAGCCGAGUGCGCAGAACACCGAGUCCGACGAGGCCAUGGACAGCGUUGUCGAAGAUUUCGCAAUCUCUUCGCCAUUGGAUGCCCUCGCCGCCUGGUAUUCGAGCUACGCGCUGAACCGGGCACUCGCCGGCUACCUCGAGGCCAAUGCCUCGUCUGUCACGGACGAAGUCACGGCCGAUCUGAACCUCGCUGCUCGCACUGCACCUCCCAACUCCGUCUCCCAGGUUCGCGCACUCGUUGCCAAGUCGAUUCUCCUCGAGAAGGAUCGCAGCAGGAACAUCAUCGCUGCGUUUGAUUCUCUCCCUUCGCAGCCACACAUUCCCGCGCUCAAGAACAAGUCUCUCACGCUGGUCAAGUGCCUCUCCCUCGCAGAGACUUUCGUUGCGACGGGCAGUGACGAGGCUCGGGUGCGUGCAACAUUUGUUGUGAACAAUACCUACCUGCCCGAGGGUUCCCUCACCCUCCUUAGCUUCAUUGCCGCUUACAAGGUCCUGAAAAUCUUCUCUUCUGAGGAGAAGCUGCUCGCCGAGUCGCGACAGGGCCUGGAGCGUAUUGCAUGCUCGAUGCGUGUCUGGAUCGGCCGUGAGGCUGGACGACGCAGCGGCUUGAGCACGAAGACUAAGAGCAGAAUUGUCGAGGCAUGCCUCAGUGUCAGCAAGAUGCUUGUCGGCAUGCAAGAGAGCGGCAGCAGCGACGAGGGAGAUGCUGGAUAUGCCAGCCAGAGUGAUGCAGAGGGUGAGACCAGAACGGUCUCUUGUUGA